AUGACCAUAGCCAGCAACGAAUCUAAUCAAGUCAAGGAAGCCAUCCGCAUCAUUGUUCGAGAACCUUUGCCAGAAGACAUUAGCGGUUCUCUCCUGUUGGCAGAACACAAGAAAGAGGAAAAGCCACAACAAAAACCGCAUGAAGUUACCGCACUUGCAGAACAAGAGACUCAAAACUUGUUGAAGAGAUUGCCAGAGAUUCAAACACAAGAUAUUACUCAAGAUGAGAAGGACUGUUUCGUUAGAGAACCAUCAUUGAAGGCACCUGUAACUGCUGAAACUGUUCUCCAAGCGUUUCCUCCCGCUGACGAUCGCCAUGCAAAGCCAGCAGAGCUCAUUGAAGAGGAGAAAAAACUGUUAGGAUCAGAACUUUCUAUUGUUCGUUACUUACCUGAAGGUAUCAUUGAGGACGCAUCUGUUCCUCGUGUCAGUAUCACAUUUUCACAGCCCAUGAUUGCAGUUUCCACUGUGGAUCAAAUCGAACGCCUUGAGAAUGUUCCUGUGAGUAUUGAACCGCUUCCAAAGAAGGGAGGAAAAUUCAAGUGGUUAGGAACAAAGACACUUGUGUAUGAACCAGAGUACCGUUUUGACAUGUCCACGAAAUACACCGUUACCAUUAAGGCUGGAACUACCUCUGCCAUUGGAGGAGUGCUGAAGAAUGACGUUAGUUUUUCCUUCGAAACUCCUCGACUCAACCUCCAGAAUCAAUUGCCAAAGUAUCAUCAUUCAUUUCCAAUGGAUGAAUUCCCAAUCUAUUAUUUGGAAUUUGACCAAGAAAUUGAUCCUUCCACUGUUUUGAGUUAUGUGGAAUUGGAUUCCAAUGCUGAAAAUGCUCACCUGAAACUUAUUCACGAUGGAAGAACUGAAACAAUUGCUGUCAAAGAAUAUGUAUCAAAUCUUUUGAAGGAACAUAACUUGGAGAAGAAGGCACCUGAAAUAUACCAUUCUUACAUCAGAAAACUCGAAAACGCACCAAAAGGAAGACAUUUAUGGUUUACUGCUAAAUGUCAGAAUAGUCGCCAACUUGAAAACCUCACAUUUUCCAUCAAACAAGGAUUGAAAGGUUUAGAAGGUCCAUUACCAACAGAAAAGCCAUUCAUCUUUAAGGUUAAGAAUUAUCCUCCUUUCAAAAUUACCAACUUGUCUCAGGAUCACAAAACACUUCCCCUGCAACCAUUGCAAAUUAAUUUCUCUAACACUAUUGACUUGGAAAAGUUUGAUGAGACAACUGUGACUGUAGAACCAGCCAUUGUAGGAAUGAAUCUCAUUCCCAAUGGAUCCUCUCUCACCAUUGGUGGAAAAACUAAGGGAAGAACAACCUAUAAGGUGACUUUGAAUGAAAACACCUUACAGGAUGUAUGGGGACAAAAAUUGACGGGACCGAAUACCUUUUCUACUCAAGUUGGAAGUGCAUCUCAAUCACUACAAGCUCUUCAGAAAGGCGUUAUUGUGUUGGAUCCAACCAUUAACACAAAACCAAGCUUCUCUGUGGUCACCAUGAAUUUAAAGGCCAUUCAUUGUCGAGUAUUCCAAGUGGAACCCGAGGAAUACAAGGAUACUACACUACAUUUGAAUGUCCACACCGAAAAUGAAUUUCAAUAUCCUGGAAAACAAGUAUUUGAUGCCACUAUUAACACCAAUGGACAAGAGGAUGAACCAUGUGAUACCGAUAUUGAUCUCUCAUUGUUUUUGCAAUAUCCAAAAGAAAAUUUGGGUCAUUUGUUUGUUGUCGUAGAACCAGAUGAACAAAGCUGGAAAUCAGAUUGGAAAUAUAGACCUAUUUAUUCGGCAUGGAUUCAAGCGACCAAGAUUGGUUUGGAUGCCAUUUAUGACAGUUCUGAUUCUACCUUUUAUUUCUGGGCAAAUUCAUUGGUUGAUGGUAGCAUUAUUAAGGAAAACAUUUCUGUGAAAUGUGGAGACGUUUCUGCCACACCCGAUUCCGUUACAGGCAUUGGUACAAUGAAGAAGGAACCUACAAGCACAUACGUGACCGUUAUUGCCUCCCAAGGAAAUGACAAGUGUUUCAUUCCAAACAUUUACAUUAAUCAUUAUCGUUCAUCCGAUAUUGCUUAUCAAAUAUUUAAUGAUCGGGGAUUGUACAAGCCAGGUGAAACUGUGUCCCUUAAAGGAAUUGUCAGAAGAGCUGAGAGAAAUGAAUCAAAGAAGAUUUUCAACUUGACCAUUCCAAAACCAAAGGAACCCAUUGAAUUUACUGUUGUUGAUUCUCGUUCAAGCAAGUAUCACUCUGGAACUGUUUCUCUCUCAGAAAAUGGUACUUUUGAUUUGACAUUCCAAGUUCCUGAUAAUGUCAAUUUAGGAGAACAUAAUAUUUGUUUUACUGGUUUUACUCACAUGUAUCAUUACUUCAAGGUACAAGAAUUCAGAACACCCGAGUUUACUUCUCAAUGCAAUGUCGUUGCAGGAAAUUAUGUGGUCAAUGGUUCAGCAGCUCUCUGUACAACACGAGCUGAAUACUACAGUGGAGGCGCCAUUUCAGGUGGAAAAUGUUCGUACACUAUUUCACAAUCGCACACCAGUUAUAGUCCACCCAAUCGUAGAGAAUAUUCCUUUGGAGAAGAAGAAUCCUCAGUUUAUAGUCACUUUUUCAGAAGAGGAAACAAAUACUUGUAUCAUCGCUUCUUGCCAUCCACAGAAACCUUUGAGGGAACGACGGAUAUGAAUGGUGAGCAUCAAAUUGCACUAAAAUUCGAGGAAACUGAGAGAGCUCAAAAAGUACCUGUUUCAGUCUCCAUUGAAUCCACCGUUCAAGAUAUUAACCGACAAACCAUUUCGGCAUCCACCUCUCUGUUAGUCCAUCCUUGCAAGUACUAUUGUGGUAUCAAGUUUUCCAAACAGUUCACUAAAGCCAAUUCACCCGUAAAUGUUUCUCUCAUCACUACUACGAUUGAUGGAGAAUUGGUUCCUAAUUUUGAGAUGGAACUUGUAGUGACAACAUUUGUCGAUGUGAAAAAGGGAUACAAGUACGAACAAGAAAAAGUAGAGGUCAUGAAGAACGUGGUCAAAUCAAGUGGAGAAGGUCCUGUUGAAUUUCCUGCAGUUUUUGAAACAGGUGGUUCCUAUGAGUUCCAUGUGACCAUUCGUGACAAGGAAAGUGGCUUGACCAAUUUUUGUUCUAAAUCACUUUUUGUCACAGGAGGAAAGAAUACACAAGAAGAACGAGUUGGAACACGAUUAAGACAAAAACAAUUACUCCUCGUCCCAGAUAAGAAAGAAUACAGCGUUGGAGAUGUUGCAACUAUUCUCAUUCAAUCUCAAAUCGAUGGACAUUUAUACGGAGUGUUGAAUACAGAAUUGGAUGGAAUUGUUGGAAAUCCAAUUCCAAUUGAAAUUGAUCCUUCAGUUGGUUUUGCUGAAUAUUCCUUUACUGUAACGAAGGACCACAUUCCACAAAUGUCUGUCAGUGUUGAGAUGAAUGGAUCUGAAUCAAAAUUGGAUGCUUUCGGUAACACACUGGAAAAUGAGCCCAAGAAACCAGCAUUCGCCACCGGAUCUUGUACGAUUUAUGUUUCCAAAUUAAGUCAUGCAUUGACCGUGGAGGCCGUUCCUGAAAAGACAUUCCUCACACCUGGUUCUGCAACUUCAAUACAUAUUAAGGUACAAGAUGCUCUCACACAACAACCCAUGCCAAAUAGUGAAGUAUGUGUUAUUGCUGUCGAUGAGGCAGUAUUGGCAUUAAGCAAUCACGCUAUUUGCAAUCCUUUAGAUGUUUUUAUUAUUCAACGAUCUCACUCUUACAGAUCUCGAUAUUCUAUCAGGAAUCAUGUGUUUGUCAAGAGUUUGGACGGCAUUGUAUUUAGUGAUGAGGAUGUUCAUUUGGAGAGGCGAUCUUUCUUUGGUGCCCGUGGUGGUCGUUUAGUUAGUGCCAAAUCUGCUACGUUUGCAGGAUCAAUUACAACCACUGCUGCCACAUUCUCAUUGGCCUCCAGUACAGUACAACAAAGCUCUUUCGAAGGAAUGAGCUACGACGUGGUUUCUUCUGAACCUAUUUCUAUUCGAAGUAACUUUAAUCCUCUCGCAGUUUUUAGUCCACGAGUGAUCACCAAUGAGAAUGGAGAAGCCACUGUGAAGUUAACAUUGCCUGACAAUUUAACAAAAUACAGAAUUACUGCAGUUGCCUUGAAUGGUGAAAGUCACUUUGGUAUGACUGAAUCGAACAUGGUGGCACAGUUGCCUUUAAAUAUUAGACCCUCUCUUCCAAGAUUUUUGAAUUUUGGUGACAAGGCAGAAUUUUCUUGUGUGUUGCAAAAUCAAACUCCAAUUGAUUUGGAAGUUCAUAUUGCCACUCGAUUUACUAAUUUGGGAUUGUUAGAUGAAUCCAAGAGAGGUCUCAAAGUGAAAAUUCCUGCUCUUCAACGAUGUGAACUUUCGUUCCCCAUGACCACUCAACGCGUUGGUAUUGCUAAAUUCCAAAUUGCUGUCUCCAUUGCUAAUCACGAAAUUAAAUUCGCAGAUGCUGUCGAAAAAGAAAUUCGAGUUUUCACUCCAUCCACUACUGAAGGAUUUGCCACUUAUGGAGAAAUUGAUUCAACCAAUACCAGCAACAGUGGAGCUGUUGUACAACCUAUUCGCGCUCCUGAACGAAGUGUUGAUUUACAAUUUGGUGGACUACGCAUUUCAACCAGUUCUACUGCUCUUUCCACUCUCACAGAUGCCUUCUUGUACUUGUACACUUAUCCAUUUGACUGUUGUGAACAAGUUUCAAGUAAGAUUUUAACGAUUGUUGCCUUGAAAGACGUUCUUAAAGCAUUCAAUGUACCAGAGUUACCAACAGAUUUUGAAAUUACCAAGACUUUAGAAGAUAGUAUUAAGGUGUUGGAGAGUAGACAACAUUCCUCUGGUGGUUAUUCGUUCUGGGCCAAUUACAGUUACGCAGAAGUGUCUCCAUAUAUCACUUGUCAUGUCGCUCAUGCCUUUGCUAGAGCAAAGAUUGCUGGAUAUCAAGUGAGUGAAACUACCAUCUCCAAGUUAUUGGAAGUUCUAAAAACCAUUGAAAAUUAUUGUAGACAUUACUCAGACGAGUCUUUACAUUCUAUUAAGGCAUAUGCCUACUAUUGUUCAGCUCUCUUGGGAGAUUACAGUGUGAAACAAUUGACAGAAAAUUUGUACACUCAAGUGAAAAAAUCGAAUUUGGAAAGUUUGGCAUGGGUUGUGAUUACAUUGUAUUUGUGUAAUUCCAAAACAAUUACGUCAACAAUAUCAGAAAUUAUUCAUGACAUGUGUCAGAAAGUGAAUGAGACAGCACAAACAGCACAUUUCGUUACAAGUUAUGGAGAUGUUCAAAGCUCUCGUCUCAUCAUGCUUCAUUCCGACCGAAGAACCGAUGGUAUUUGUUUAGAAGCGCUCUUGACCAUUACUCCUGAAAACUCACUCAUUCCUAAACUCGUGAAAGGAUUAUUAGCACACAAAAAGAAAGGAAGAUGGUCCAAUACUCAAGAAAAUGCUUUCAUUUUGUUGGCACUCAACACCUACUUCAGAACCUUUGAAGGAGUGACUCCAAAUUUCUGUUGUCGAAUGUGGUUAGGUGAGGAGUAUUGUGGUGAGCAACAAUUUUUGGGUCGUUCUCGUGAUGAAAAAUUAGUGAACAUUCCAAUGAAGUAUUUGGUAGAAGAUCAAAACAAUAAUGAGGAACAAGUUACAAAUACUACCAAGACUUUGGUCAUUUCCAAAGAAGGAGUAGGACGACUCUAUUAUAGAGUUGGCUUGGAUUACACACCAAAGAAUUUAAUUCUCGAACCAAUCGAUUAUGGAUUCCAAGUCAAUAGAAUUUACGAAGCAGUUACUCCAAACGCGCAAGAUCAUGUCCAAUUUGAUGCCACCAAAAAUGUUUGGAAAUUUAAGGCAGGAGAAUUAAUUCGAGUGAAAGUUUCUGUGACCAACACAAGUCGCAGGUAUCAUGUUGCAUUGGUAGACAUGUUACCUGCUGGAUUGGAACCCAUAAAUCCAGAACUGAAGGGUGCUCAAGCCAGUGCUGUAUUGAGCGCAGGAGAUGCAAACAAAAACACUUACUGUUGGUGGACUCGUCCUUGGUAUGAACAUUGCAAUAUUCGAGAUGAACGUGUGGAGACGUUUGCGUCAUUGUUGAGCGAAGGUAUUCAUGAAUUUAAUUAUGUGGCAAGAGCAACCAGUGUUGGAAGCUUUGUUAUCCCACCAGCUAAGGUAGAGGAAAUGUAUUGUCCUGAACUGUUUGGACGAUCUGGUACUUUAUUUGCAGAAGUGUUCGAAUAA